UUGAGCACACAGGCAAGAGUGCACUCCAAAAAUAGUUACAAGAUCGCAACACAGUUUUGGUUAGGACCUUACCAGAGACGCAAGUGAAAUAAUACUUUCUGUUUCAACAUAAAGUAAACUGUGACAGCAACAGUCAGUCUUUUUUCUGAGAUUGUUUGUUGUCCACUUUUACUUUCUUUGUUGUGAAAUUUUUUGACUUUAUCUGUGGGAAUAUUUGAUCAGCGGCAACAUUAUGUCAAACCUCCGGCCUAGACGUUGUGUUUUAGGAAAGGGUUCGAAUGGCUACGGCUUCCAUCUGCACGGUGAGAAAGGGAAGACCGGACAGUUCAUCCGACUGGUAGAACCAGACUCUCCCGCUGCCACCGCCGGUCUCUUCGCCGGGGACCGACUGACGUUCGUUAACGGGGACACUGUGGAGGGCGAGAGCCACCAGCAGGUCGUUGCCCGGAUACGAGCCACCGUGGGCAGCCUCGAGUUGAUCGUGGUAGACGCUGAGACCGCGGAGUUACUGAAGAAGCACAACUUGGAGUGCCGUAAAGAGUAUGUCACGGAGGGCAUACCAUUACCGGGAAGCGAGUCGGCCCAUGGGGAUUCAGCGGAGAGCAAAGGGACUUCGAGAGAGGCGACUGCUACAUCGGCAGAGAACGGAAACCUUUCCCCACCCAGGCUAAAUGUGAGCGCCAAGGACUGGAAGGCAGAUCUACGUCCUCGUCUGUGCUCCAUGAAGAAGGGUGCGAAGGGCUACGGCUUCAACCUGCACAGUGAGAAGUCUAAACCAGGCCAGUACAUCAGAGCUGUGGACGAGGACUCUCCUGCUGCCAAGGCCGGCCUCAAACCGCAGGACAAGAUAGUACAGGUUAACAGUAUGUCAGUAGUAGGGAUGCAGCACAGUGAGGUGGUAGCAGCCAUCAAGGCUGGGGGAGAUGAGACCAGUCUACUGGUUGUGGAUCGUGAGGCAGAGGCUUUCUUCAACAGCUGCAAAGUCAUUCCAACUGAGGCCAACCUCACAGGACCUCUUCCUGAACCUGUGUCCAAUGGAGGAGCAGAAGAGGAGCUGGAUGGUAAGGUAGCAGUCGAGGUAAAGCCUAAUGUGUCCGUCAGUUUGUCUACAUCCAGCACCUCCUCCACUGCCUCUCUACCAACAUCCGCUGGCAGCACCCCUCCACCAGAGGUACAGGUGGCUCCGGCUAAGGUACCUGAUGCAAGCCUAGCCCUCAGCAUGUCUCUAGCCCAGGCCAAGGAGAGAGCUCACCAGAAACGCUCAUCCAAGAAGGCCCCUGCCAUGGACUGGAGCAAGAGGAACGAACUCUUCAGUAACUUAUAAAUCACACGUUUCCUUCCGUCUUUCUCUGACCCUCACUCCCUCUUUAGCUCGGUCGCAAGCAGACACACAACAAUGUAUGAUGUGAACAGUGUUAAUAUUUUGUGAUUUCAUGUGCUAAGUGAGGGGUUUUCCAUUUUUAUUUAAAAACAAAUUGAAACGCCACUCCUGAAUAAGAAACAAUGUAAUUGACAAUUUAAAGAUGGAAAAACAAUGUACAGUUUACAUCUAGUGGAGUAGAAUGAUGAAGAAAUAAAAGAUGAUGGGAUAUAUGGAAAAUAAGAAUUAACAUAUUGCCAGUGAGUAAUCGAUCUAGUGAUAUGGUGUGUGUGUGUGUGUAUGUAUAUCAUAAGGUGUGUCGAAUCUUAUUGUCAGUCUAUCUGCAAUCUGAUUGGUUGCUGGUCACAAUACUUCCUUGUAGAAUCACGAACUAGCCAAUAGCAAGCUGGGACUGAUUGUGCUUUUGUGGAUGAGUUAAGAUGAAUCAAACUAUUUUCCAGAGACUUUCAUGCUUUAUUACUUCUAAGGGCUGGAUUCAGUCCGUAUCGUGGAAGAUCCGCGUUAUAGCUCGAUUUUCAAGUUAAAGGCAAUGUUCCUGCGUUCGCAGAGACUGCAUUCACAGUAAACACUGUAUAUGUCGGCUCAAUCUGAAAUGACCUUUACAUUUUAACCUGGAUCUUCCGCGAUACGGAUUAAAUCCAGGCCUUACAGAAUGACUAACAAUCUGAAUUUUUAGCAAUACAAGACCAUUGUCUGACCAUUUAUCGCUUAAUGAGAGGUCUACACGUCUGGUUAGCAGAUAUCACUGAAUUUGUUCAGGAAUUGUAUCAUUCUAAUGCUGACCACAGGUUUACUUUGUGGUGUGAUGUUUUACAACCCUCUCUUUUUUAAGAUGUUGACAUAUCAAUUCUUAGAAUGUAGAACUCAUUCCGGAAGGGGAAUUCAGAAUACAUGAGAUUCUCUGUUCUAAAUGUGACAAUCAUUGUUGGUCAUAUCAUGCAUGGUUAAAGGGACUGAGGUAUGUGGUUCUAGAUUUUUUAACCCAAAGUAAACCAUUGUUUCUAACUGUAAAGUUGAAACAUUCCUGAGUUAACAACCUGUUCAAACCGGUGUUCAAGCAUCACUAUUGUAAAAUCCUACGGUAUUUUUAUCGUCGUGAUUCAACAUUUCUUCCUGCCAUUGUCUCAACGUUUUACAGAAUGACGAGAUUAUUUUUCAUGUUUCUUUUAUUAGAUUUGUACAUAAAUUUCAUGAGGAAAUUGUAUUUUGAGUGUUGUGUCUUAAAGAAAUCCUCAAUUUGUUUGAAGACUGUUCUAGAAUCUCUCUGGGUUGAAUGGAGUGUAAGCCUACUGUAUGUGUGUCAGUUAGCUCUGGUCUAGGGCGUUAGUGUAUCAGUCAUCUGAACCACAUAAGCCCUAUAGUAUAGACCAGGGAUCAGCUCUGGUCUAGGGCGUUAGUGUAUCAGUCAUCUGAACCACAUAAGCCCUAUAGUAUAGACCAGGGAUCAGCUCCAACUCCGGUCCUGGAAAGCUACUGGCUGCGUACGGUAGAAGGGCUGAGUUGUCAAAUGUCUUGAGGAUGACUGUUAUAAAUGUGGGCUCAAACAUG